AAAAGAAUUUGUUUGGAGAAAUUAGCAUUAUGGGCUGGUAAUGAUGUUUCAAUUCCUUCAUUGGGUGCUUUGUUUGGACAAAGAUUAGCUUCUUGGUUUGAAGCUAUGGGUACUCCUGUUGAUUCUUCCCUGUUUCUAUGCCAUUGCCAAAGAUGUGAAUCGAUUCUUCAACCCGGUUCUAACUGUAUUGUUAGAAUUGAAAGAAAUGGAACGAAGAAGAAGAAACAGCGCAAAAAUGCAAGUGUUCCAUCGCAAAACAUGGUUGUUUAUACAUGCAACUUUUGUUCACAUAGAAACCUAAAAAGAGGGACCUGGAAGAAUCAUAUGAAAGAGUUAUUACUUGCAAAACUGAAACACAUUUUAUGUGAAGAGAAGCAAUUAAAUUUGGUAAAAACUAAAGCGGACGAAGGUAAGGUAGAUAUGAAUGUGGAGGCAAUAGUUUGUACAGAAAAUGUGGCAGGAUUUAAAGAUGUCGUUGAUCGGAUACGUUCAAGGUCUGGAAAAGCUAUUGAGAGCAAUAAAGAGUUAAGCAAGACUGCACAAGAGCUAGUACCCAUUGUAGAAUCAGAAACAAAGGUCACUGAGAUGGAUUACGAAGUUUAUAAAGAUGUCCCCAGUGAAAAAAGCCCGGCAACUCCAUUGAAUAGAGUGCCGAUGCUUUUGCUAGAUGCAAAGCGGAGAAAUAGAAACAGGUCUAACAAUAGGUCUUAUAAUAAUCAGGCUGCAAAUGAAAGUAACCCUACAACCACGGAUGCAAAAAUAGUUUCAGGAAGUUCGACUAAAAGAAGAAGGAAAUCAUGGUCUAGUUUGAAGGAGUUAGCUGAAGCUAAUGAGCAGAAGAAUGACGUUGUUAAUCUAAUAAUCCCGUUUCGUCUAUGAAAAGGUAUCUAUGGUCAUAUGAAAGCGGAUUUUAUUAACGCUCAAGUGAAGGUUUUUGCUUAAAAGUUUUAGUUCGGAGAGGAGAAAUGUAGACACAUGAGAAGUCAAAUCGGUUUCUCUCAGAUGUCGUUCUUGUGUGUGCAGUUUCAGCUCACUCUAAUAUAAACAGUCGUCAAAAGACUCAGCAGAUGC